AGGCAAACAAAUUUCUACCUAGCUCAAGGAAGAGGGCUAUGGCGCAUGGUCACUUUGUUCAAUAGUAUCGAGGACCUGGUCGUUGAAAACGACCGAAGAUAUGAUGACAAUAGUAAUGAGGACACUACUCUCGAUCAAGAUCGGCUUCAGUUAGGGUAUAGUACCUUAGUGAGAACCUUACCGUGGUUUCUGAAGAAAGCCACAGACCUGGAACAUGAUGACUAUAUGCGCAUGCUGAAAAUGCUUAGGCAAGGGGCCGAUGGUGCUCGAGGAGACGACACGUCAAAACUGAAGACUCUCGUUUCAGACUGGGUGAAUAUGGCACUCAAGCCAACUCCCCCAGUCGAGUCCGACGAUAAACAUUGCCGUGGGUUCAUCAAUGAGGCAUGUGGCAUGUUACUGUGCCCGGCUGAACUUGAUUGGAACAGCCCAGUUGUAUGGGCAGGAAUUCGGGACCGAUCAGAGGGCUAUAUCGUGACGGACCUUUCUUUCCCAGUGUUUUUAUAUGAAAAAUACACUGCCAAUCCUGACAAUUUAGAGGAAGGUAUUUUUAAGGGAAAAAUUUUGUUGCAGGCCUACAAAGCUGUCUUCACGUCUCCCUCGUCAGCGAAGGAUGUCGAGUGUGACGGUGAUGGCACGGACACAAUUGAGAACAACCGUCGCGCUAAGAAAGCAUUCUCGACCAUCAAAGUUAAGAAACACGUACAGUUCGCGCUUUCAUCUGUAACCUCGUGGCGAUCGGUCGAUGGUGAUUUUGAUUAUAUUCAAUUCUGGCAGACAAUUGUGGACUUUUUUGAGAGACCUCCUGGUCGAGAAGCGCAGCGCAGAGUCAACCGCCUCCUGGAUUGGUGGACCAGAAAAGUCUUCGGAAGAAAUCAUCGUAAUGAGCUUAGCGACAUGGCAAAGGCCAACAUGUCAGUGAACGCUCUCACGAGGCAGAGGGCACAAUGUGACGAUGCCGCUUUCGAUUCACCUUAG